AUGGGUGCUAAUUUGGAUCGACAAAGGGCUUGGAUAAAAACUCAAGCUAAAUUAGUUCAUAGCAUAGAAAAAUUAGGGUUUGAGCGACUCUACAUUGGUGGCCCCGAUUCCAAUAACUUAUCCAAAAUCGAAAUCAAUGAAGAGUUUGUAUGUAAAGAAGUUCCACAAUUUGAUUAUUUGAAGAAGAAAGGUGUGAUUGAUUCGGAUAUAGACAGCGAGGAAGACCAUGAGUCAUCUAAAGACAAGGAGAACAUUGACAAUUAUUUGAGAAAAAUAAAUAUCAUACACUAUGAAUUGACAAUGUUGGAAACAAUUAGAGAACAAUUGACAUCAAUAACAGCUUACUUGGUGUCUGUUGUAGCCUUUCAAUUGUUCAAACAUUUGAUAGAUAAUUUGAUUAGGAAGAAUGUUUUACACAAGCCCGAGUGUACAAUUCGGUUACAUGAUAUGAGUACAGCUAAAAACAAAAAAGAAAAAAAAGGUUUAUUGCAUGUUUGGAGUAAUAAUAUUGCAAAGUUUAGAGAAGGGAAUAAGUUUGAUUUGGACAAGGUUAACUUGGAUCCCAAGCAUGCUCAAUUGUUGUGGAGCGUUCAUGCGACUCUACAAAAAAAAAUUACAGAGGCCGGAAAAGACAUCACUCGAAUCGAAGCAUUUCGUAAGGUGAAUAUAGAUUGUCAAGGGAUAUUUAGUAGUCCCACAGUCGAGCAACAAUAUAUAAGUGGUUAUUUUGUAUUUUCGUAUAAGGUUUUAUAUCGUCAAGAGAAUCUUUUACUCUAUGAGAUCAGUCAACAAACUCAAGCUUCUUCUGAAGCGAGCAGUCUAACAACAAAGGAGAUACAAAAUUGUUUUGAAAGAAUAUUGGGUGUUCGACGAGACCAUAUCGAGGCAUUAGGUGCAAACCUUCUACGGUUGUGUCUAUGUACAAUCAGGAACAACCACCGACACAACCACCACAACAAUCACAAUUUGAUAUUAUAUGUAGGGUAUCUCCCGUUUCUCGGCUCCAACUUGCAUGAAAGUUUCACUAAGAUGGCUCACCGUUAUGGCCCCAUCUUCAGUCUCAGGCUCGGAAGCAAGCUUCAUGUUGUGGUGAACUCCAUGGAGCUCGUAAAGAUCGUGACUCGUGACCUGGACCAUAUCAUGGCAAAGUGCAGUCCUCCAUUAACAACGCUAACCAUCAGUUAUGGUGGGAACGAUAUUGCAUGGUCCGACAACGACACAGAGUGGCGUAACAUGCACAAAAUUUUUGCAAACCAAGUUAUCAGCCAUAAAAAUCUACAAGUCUGUCAGAGUUUCCGAACAUAUGAAGUCAGAAGACUGGUGAAAGAAGUUUACAGUAAACUCGGGACAAAGAUCGAUACUAAUGAAAUUGCUUUCAACACUGAGGUUAAUGUUAUGACAAGCAUGUUAUGGGGUUCUAGAAAAUCAACUGGUGAUGGGAACGAUUCUAGCUUAAUUGGAGAUGGCUUCCGAGAAGUUGAGUUCAAGAUUGUGCAGUUAUUGACAGCUUCAAACAUCUUUGAUUUUCUUCCUAUGCUAUCACGGUUCGAUCUACAAGGAAGGCAGCGAGAAAUGCAGAUGCUUUGGGAAUAUGUCGAUCGGAUAUUUGAGAACAUUAUCCAAGGAAGAAUCGAAGCCAACUCCCGAAAAAAUGAGGCAAAAGCUGAGGAUGAUCAAAGGAAGGAUUUCGUUCAAGUAUUACUCGAGCUUAAAGAGCAGAAAAAUGCUGCAAUAUCAUUAGACAUCAUUAAAAUAAAGGCCCUACUAAUGGACAUAGUGCUCGUGACUACAGACACAACAUCUAUAAUGGUUGAAUGGGUGAUGACAGAGAUUUUGAAGAAUCCAGGCGUAAUGAAAAGAGUACAUGAUGAAUUGAAGGAGGUUAUUGGCAUGAACGUUGUCCAAGAAUCUCAUCUGCCCAAAUUAACAUAUUUGGAUGCAGUCAUUAAGGAGACAUUCAGGGUACACACUCCCGUUCCUUUGUUAGUCCAAAGAUGCCCAGAUGAAUCCUGCACUGUUGGCGGAUACACCAUUCCAAAGGGUACUGUUGUCUAUAUGAAUGUUUGGGCAAUCCAUCGGGAUCCCAAUAACUGGACCAAUCCAUUGGAGUUCAAGCCGUAGAGAUUCUUGAUCGACAAAUGGGAUUAACAUGGAAAUAAUUUCAAGUUUUUACCAUUUGGAUCAGGGAGAAGAAUAUGCCCAGGAAUCUCACUUGGGGAGAAGAUGUUGAUGUAUAUAUUAGCAUCGCUGUUGCAUUCAUUUGAUUGGAACUUACCAGAAGAUGAAGAGUUUGAUCUUUCUGAUGAGUUUGGACUUGUGACUAUGAAAAGGAAACCACUUAUAGCCAUACACUCUAAAAGAUUAUCUGAUGCAAUCCUCUACUCUUUUUGA